GCCUCAUGCGGUAAGAGAGCAGAGGACAGAGGAGUAGGGUACAUGUGUGCGAGAGUCACAGACUGGACACACACACACACACACACACACACACACACACACACACAACAGGACAGUGAGGACAGCUGGCAGUGUGUGAGAUGUACUAUGGUGUCACUGGGCUCAUGGCAGGGAUAAACAGUGGAGCUUAACACAGAGGAGAGCUGCAGAUGAAAAACGAUGACGGAGCGCUACGAUUGUCACUACUGUAAGGAGUCCCUGUUUGGGAAAAAGUAUGUCCUGCGAGAGGAGAACCCUUACUGUGUAAAGUGCUAUGAGAGCCUUUAUUCCAACACCUGUGAGGACUGCAAGAAGCCUAUCGGUUGCAACAGCAGGGAUCUGUCGUAUAAGGACCGCCACUGGCAUGAGGACUGUUUCCACUGCUUCCAAUGUAAGCGCUCGCUUGUGGACAAACCAUUCUCCACCAAGGACGAGCAGCUGCUGUGUACCGAGUGCUACUCCAAUGAGUACUCCUCCAAAUGCCAUGAAUGCAAGAAGACCAUCAUGCCUGGCUCAAGAAAAAUGGAGCAUAAGGGCAACAGUUGGCAUGAGACCUGCUUCACCUGUAAGCGCUGCCAGCAACCCAUUGGUACCAAGAGCUUCAUCCCAAAAGACAACAACAACUAUUGCGUGGCCUGCUAUGAGAAGCAGUUUGCUAUGCAGUGUGUGCACUGCAAGAAGCCUAUCACCACUGGAGGAGUGACCUACCAUGACCAGCCGUGGCACAAGGAUUGCUUCCUGUGCACCGGCUGCAAGCAGCAGCUCUCUGGUCAGCGCUUUACAUCUCGUGAUGACUUUGCCUACUGCCUCAACUGCUUUUGUAACCUGUAUGCCAAGAAGUGCGCAUCCUGCACUUCUCCAAUCAGUGGGCUUGGAGGAAGCAAGUAUAUCUCUUUUGAGGAGCGCCAGUGGCACAAUGACUGUUUCAACUGCAAGAAGUGCUCGGUAUCUCUCGUGGGCAGAGGCUUCCUGACUGAGAGAGAUGACAUCCUGUGUCCUGAGUGUGGCAAAGACAUCUAAACUUUUAAAUUAAGAAGACAAGAUGAAAAAAAAAAAAAACUGAA